ACUAUGUAAAGUGCAUGACUGCUCCUGCACGUAAUACUGAACCAAAAACUAUCAAUCUUUUUAGUCUUGCAAUAGUGGUAGAAAUGGCACCAUCUGAUACAUACGGAAUAAAAAUAGAGGCAGAUGGGCUUUUUGGACUGGAUAAUCUUCAAUUUCAAUGCGAUGAAAACCAACAUCAAUGUGUUGCAAGUGAAUGCCCGACCCAUCACACAAAACUGGGCUCUAGGUGUUCAAUCGUAGACAAUGUCAUUGUCCAAGUGAUCCUUGUGUGUAUGCUGAACUACAAUAGUUCCUAUACUGACAAGAUUUAUAAAGAUAACAAUAACAACAAUAAAAAUAAUGUUUUGAAGGGUAUUAUUGAAGAAAAUUUCAAUCCUGUUGGCUACAUCUAUAAAGAAUAUAGUCAUUGGGAUAGUUUUAUUUCCACUUACAAAGAAAAAUUUAAAUUCAACAUUACUGCCCCAAGCGACGUCAUGGUUGCUUCUCUAGAAAUGGGCUUACUAAAGCAGCGGGACAGUUUGAUAGCUCAACUAGAACAAUUUUACACAAAAGUAAGUGUAGACAUGACAUACGAGGUCAUCAAACUUGGCUCUAAUGACAUGAUCACCCAAGCUGUAGCCAGUGAUCAAAAUCAUCUCCAAGCGUGUUGGGUAAUAUUAGUCACCUUUUUAACAUUUAGAGUAAUUUUUGUG